AUGAAAACGAAAUUAUCACCACAAUCAUCAUGUGGCCAGGAUUACGCUAUAGCUGCAGGCUCUGCAGACGCUGGUGAUGGAGUACCUGGCAACAGUUCAACACAUGUAAAUUUGGCUUACUUUAUAUCACUCCAUAUAACCAACCGAAAUUCCCUCCAAAUGACGCUAUUUAUCUAUCUGAUUAUUCUAGUAAUCGAGUUAUCGCCUGUGUUUCUCACAUUCAAUGAUAAUAUUUAUUUUGAGAAGCGUUAUGAGCCAAGUCUUACAGAUAAGUUUCCAAAAAAUUCAACAGCUUGUCACAAGAGUCUCAAGUUAUUAUCCUAUGUUCUUUUUGUUGACAUUAGAAACACAUUCUACUGCUCUGUGUUUUGGGAACAUCGAGUACUGGACAUAUCGCUCCCUAGUAAUAAUCGUUCAGCAAUACGGAUCACUGGAACAGGCGUCCCGGGAUCAGGAUCUUAUCAAGCGGACCAUCGUCGAGGAAUAUUUGUUGAUAUAAAUUUUAAUUUAUAUGUAGCUGAUCGCGUAAUCAAUAGAAUUCAAUCCUUUCGACAUGAACAGUUCAAUGAAAUUACAAUGGCUGGAAAUAAUAUCCCAACUGGUCUACGUUUGAAUUUACCAAUGGAUGUGAUACUUGAUGGAAAUGAAUUUUUGUACAUUGCAGACACUGACAAUCAUCGUGUUAUCCAUACGUCCAAUUAA